AUGGCAAGAACAGAGUUCAGUUCUUCAUCAACCAUAUUCACAGACGAGCAAAAGAUGAAUAAAUAUGAGUAUAACUCAAAAGCCUCAAAUACUUUGCUGAGUGCUCUAUCACCUAAUGAGUACACCAGAGUCAUGAAUUGCAAGUCUGCAAAGGAGAUCUGGGACAAGCUUCAAAACUUCCAUGAUGGUGAUUCAAGGGUAAAAGAAUCAAAGCUUCUGGUUCACACAAAUGAGUUUGAUGCUCUAAAAAUGUCUGAAGGAGAGAAUAUUGAAUCAUAUAUAAGUAGAGUACUGAAGGUAGUUAACGCUAUCAGAGGACUAGAUAAAGAACUGACAAAUUCAGCUGUUGUGAAGAAGGUCUUGAGGACUCUACCAUAG